GUGACCUUCAAAUUACCGCUAAGUUCACUUUCAACAUGCCUGGGUUGGACACUCUUGAGGUUCCUGAUAUUCCAGAAGUAAAAUAUGAAUAUCUAGAUCACACUGCUGAUGUACAGUUACAUUCAUGGGGUAAUAACCAAACAGAAGCAUUUGAACAAAUUGCCAUGGCGAUGUUCAACUAUAUGACAACAAACUACGACUCAGUGGAUACUUCACAAAGAUUUGAAAUUGAAGCUGAUGGUCACGAUAUGAUGUCAUUACUUUUUCAUUUUCUGGAUGAAUGGUUAUUCGCGUUUUCAGCUGAUCCAUUUUUCAUUCCACGGAUUGUUAAAAUAACAGAAUUUGAUAAGGAAAAAUUCCACAUUAAAUCAUCUGGUUGGGGUGAACCUUUUGACAUCUCAAAACAUCCUCAGGGUACUGAAGUGAAAGCUAUUACCUAUUCAAAUAUGCAAAUUCAUGAAAACGAACAUAUGCACGAAUUGUUUGUAAUUAUUGAUAUUUAAAAAAAUUAUGUUUAUAUAUACAUUUAUUUGAAACUAAAUUUAUACUAAUGUCUUCUCAUUUAUACUAAAGGGGUUGAAAGAUAUUGUAUUUUAGUACAAAGUAAAUGUAAUAAAUAGCUCAGAUAGUCUAUAUUUUGUGUUAUUAUGUCUCAAACACCACUCGUGAAUAAUGACAUUUUGAGAGUCUACCGUAAGUUUGAACAUUCAACUGAGCUUAAAAUUUGUUUGUUAUGAUUACUAAAGCGUAAAUAACGUUUAAUCUGUUGAUCAGGCAGCAUACAAAUAUAUAACUGAGAUUCACAUAUAUAAACAGCUUUAAUAUCUCUUAUCAUUUAAAUCAGUUGAAACUCCUAUCCGUAUUCUUGUGCUUAUAAAACCUUUAGUAGUGGAAUAGUAAACACUCAUACUUCUGCGCAACUACUGGGUCACUCUUAUUCCUCAGAUUUCCAUGCAUCGGUAUAUAGUCUAAAUUAUUCCUUGGACAUUAUGACAACUUGUAUAUCAAUAGUUAAAAUACUAUGAGCUGUAUGUCCGUGAUUGUAUGCACACCAUGUUCUGCAAAUGCUACAACACGAUUUACCAACGGAAAUAACCUGUCAGUGAUCGACUGAUUUCUGAAAUAAGUCUUUAAAAAUGGUGCUUCUCAACUAUUUGCUUAACAAAUUUGUUUUUGCUUUAGACACACUUUGUUAAUAAAUUAAUUAGUUUUGUUUGAUUGGAUUGUAAACCUUCUCAAUAUUUAACACGUGUUACUUACCAACUUAAUCAAAUCCCAGUGAUAUGUGAAUAUUUUUUCAAACAAUUAAUUACAACUUACAGUUUCAACCACGUUUUUUUCUAAUUAUAAACUGUAAUUUAACUAUUUUACAAUUAUGUAAAUAGUAUGUGUUUGGCAUAACGUUUGAUUAAAUGCGUGUUAAGUUUGUAUUUAAUAUAUAUUGAAUAAUUGAAA